GUGCCUCGCUCUUGGCUUGGAGACGUCCCCGCUGGUACACCCAGCCAUGCACAAGCCCUGGGUACAUUAAGGACUUCCAGUCCUAUUGGCUCUGAGCCAGCAGUAGGUGUAUAUCUAGUGACAUAGACAUGCAGGAAGCCCUAGUAACAGAGCUGGAGAGAGGGAGAGCGCAAGGCAGCUAUAGUCAGGAGGAGGGGGUGUCUCUCCUCCAGGAGGAGAGGAAGGAGGGGGGGGAUAAUUCAGUUUGACAACACAUCUGCAGUCCAUCUGCGCCAGCACAGUCCUGCUUCUUCCAACACACUGAGGCAUCACAGAUGUGUUAAACACAGGCAGGGGCGGAGGGCUAUCCCACUCAAUUCAGCCCAAGAAAAAAAAAAUCCUAUUUAAAAUUCCAAGCCGGCAGAUCCCAGACGUUGCUGGAGACAAGAGGGUGCCAGCAAUGCCCGGGUCCCCCAUGGAAGUGAAGAUACAUUCUAGAUCCUCACCUCCCACGAUGGCACCUCUGCCACCAGUGAAUCCAUCUGGCCCAAGGCCUGUAUCGUUUCCACCCUCCUCACUUUCCAAUGGCAUGAAUCACUCUCCUUCUUUACUGAACGGAGCUCCGUCCCCACCGCAGCGUUCCAGCAAUGGCCCUUCCUCCUCUUCUUCAUCCUCGCUGGCCAAUCAGCAGCUGCCGGCCACCUGCGGGGUGAGGCAGCUCAGCAAACUGAAGAGGUUCCUCACGACUCUGCAGCAAUUUGGCAACGACAUCUCCCCUGAGAUUGGAGAGAAGGUCCGGACCCUUGUUCUUGCUCUGGUGAACUCAACUAUAACCAUAGAAGAAUUUCACUGCAAGCUUCAGGAAGCCACCAACUUUCCUCUUCGGCCUUUUGUCAUUCCAUUCCUCAAGGCCAACUUGCCGCUUCUUCAGAGAGAAUUACUGCACUGUGCCCGCACGGCCAAGCAGACUCCAUCUCAGUACUUGGCACAACAUGAACACCUUCUACUCAAUACCAACACAGCUUCCCCACCUGAUUCCUCUGAGCUGCUCAUGGAGGUCAACGGCAAUGGGAAAAGACACAGCCCGGAAAGGAGAGAAGAUAGCAUGUUUGAGAGGGAGCCGUUACCUCCUGAACCACCGAUGAAGAGGGUGUGCACCAUUAGCCCUGCUCCUCGCCACAGCCCAGCCCUGUCCUUGCCUCUCUUGACUUCCUCCAACCAGUUUCACCCCACCCCACCUCCUCUACAGCACUACUCAUUGGAUGACAUCCCAGGAUCACAGUUGUACAGGGAUCCGCUGUCCAAGAUGGGGGAACAUAGAGAAGUUAGAGAGCGUCACCAUCCAGUAGGCGGGAUUAACGGCAAUCCGUCCAAUGGCUACCAAGAAGAACUAGUGGAUCACAGACUGACUGAGAGAGAAUGGGCAGAGGAAUGGAAGCACCUAGACCACGCCUUGAAUUGUAUAAUGGAAAUGGUGGAAAAGACAAGGCGUUCCAUGUCAGUGCUUCGUAGGUGUCAAGAAGUGGACAGAGAGGAGCUGAAUUACUGGAAGAGACGGUACAAUGAAUCCUCAGAACUGCGCAAAGGGAGCGAGCACUCAAGCAGGCAACACAGUCCUUCCAGUACUGAAUCUGGUGCCAAUGAACCUCAGAGGGAUUUUAAUAGCAGAACAGGAGGAAACUAUGUUACUGAUGAGAUCUGGAGGAAAGCAGAGGAGGCUGUAAAUGAGGUGAAGAGGCAGGCCGUGUCGGAGGUACAGAAGGCUGUAUCUGAGGCCGAACAGAAAGCAUUUGAGAUGAUUGCAUCAGAGAGGGCCAGGAUGGAACAGACUAUUGCAGAUACAAAGAGGAGAGCAACCGAGGAUGCGUUCCUGGUAGUAAACGAGCAGGAGGAAUCAACUGAGACUUGUUGGAACUGUGGCCGUAAAGCAAGCGAGACCUGCAGCGGAUGCAAUAUCGCCCGAUACUGUGGAUCGUUUUGCCAACACAAAGACUGGGAGAAGCAUCAUCGGAUCUGUGGGCAGACUCUACACGGUCCAGCCAAGGCCCUGACCCCCAUGCGCUCCCUACUGCCGAAACCCUCUGACCCCAUACUGCUUAGCCCAGCUGUCGAACGGUCAUCCAGCGGCACCUCUCGCUCUUCCACUCCUGCCUCUGUGGCCGCCGUGGAAAGCCUGUGAAUACGGAAUAUCAC